GAAAUAUUGGAUGGAUUAGUAUUUUAGGCAAAAAAAAAAAAAAAAAAAAGUAAAACCAGUCCACCACGUUUGGUAACCGUAUGAAAAUCGAAAACAUACAAUCCGUUCGAUCUCUAUGAAAUCAUCAUCAUAUCCAUAAUCAUGCAAAUUCAGAAUCACAGAAGAACUAAGCUGAGUGAGAUUCAGAACAACAACAGAAGAUAACAAACAACACUCACAAUCACUAGGGUUUAUUCAUCCAUGGCGCUAAUCUUCUUCUUCCUCUUCCUCUUCUUCGCUUCUCACCUCCUCUCUUCCAUUUCUGGUCAAUCCAGCUCCAUGGAAUCGGUUCCUGAUCUUCAGAAUACUAUGUAUACCGACGUUGAUGGAUAUCCUUGUGUUCGUUUGUUGAAUCUUUCUGGAACAAUCGGUUGUUCAAAUCCUGGGCGUGAUAAGGUUGUGGCUCCAAUUGUAAGGUUUGAAAAUGUUGAUGACGUUUCGGAGCUAUCUACUAUAUUGGUGUCAUUGGAUGAUUUUCCAACUCUCUUUACCAGAUUAUCAGCUGAUCCAAGCUUUGCAAGAAAAGUUGGUGGUGUACUAAUUGAAUCAGUUACUGAUUCACAGAAGAAGUUAAAUGGAUUUUCUCCAGAUCAAAAGUUUCCGCAAGCUGAAUUUGCUCCUUAUCAUAAUAUCAGCUAUGAAUGGAAUCCAAUUGGUUCUGGUAUUAUGUGGAAAUCUUACAGUUUUCCCGUGUUUCUACUCACAGAAAGUGGCACAAAUACUCUUAAAAAGUUUGUAUUAAAGAGUGAGAACAAAAAGAAAGCGUAUACUUCUAAUGUGGCCGAGUUUGAUCUGGUGAUGCAGACAAUGAAAUCUGGAACACAUGAUUCAGAGUCUUGUUUAAAAGAAGGAACUUGCCUCCCUUUAGGUGGAUACAGUGUUUGGUCGUCUCUUCCCCCAAUCAACAUUUCAUCCUCGAAACCGCCUAAGCCCAUUAUAUUGACAGUAGCCUCUAUGGAUUCUUCUUCCUUUUUCCGGGACAUAAGCCUCGGUGCAGAUUCCCCUAUUUCUGGUUUAAUUGCAUUACUGGCAGCAGCUGAUGCGCUUUCUCGUUUGGAUGGCCUUGGUGAACUUAGUAAGCAGCUUGUUUUUGUAGUUUUCACUGGAGAGGCAUGGGGUUAUCUUGGAAGUAGGAGAUUUUUGGUAGAACUUGACGAGCACUCAGAUGCUGUCCAUGGCCUUAAUCACUCAUUAAUUGAAAAGGUCCUUGAAAUUGGUUCUGUUGGGAAGGGUCUCAGUCAAGGUCAAGGUCAAGGUGCUAAAAACUUUUUUGCUCAUGCUGAAGGGGAUUCUUCUGCCACAGAUCAGAUUAUGGUUGCCCUGAAACAUGCACAAGAAUCACUGCUAUCUGAAGACAUACGGAUCACAUCUGCAAGUGCCUCAAAUCCUGGGAUACCUCCAUCAUCUUUAAUGACCUUUUUAAAUAAGAAUCCUGGAAUCUCUGGUGUCGUGUUAGAAGAUUUUGACUCUUCCUUUGUCAACAAGUUCUACCAUAGUUAUCUUGAUGAUUUAUCAAAUGUGAACUCAUCGGCUGUAGUUGCUGCUGCUUCUCUUGUUGCUCGAACCCUUUACAUACUUGCUAGUGAAACUAAUGAUGUACAAAAUUCAACUUUGGCUGCUAUAAAUGUAAAUGUCACACUUGUUGAACAACUUAUGGAUUGCUUGUUGGACUGUGAUCCCGGUCUUUCAUGUGAGUUGGUGAAGAAAUAUAUUUCACCCGCUUCAACCUGUGCGAGCAAUUAUGUCGGUGUUAUCUUGGAUGAACCUUCAUCCACACCUUAUCUAGGAUACAUUAAUGAUGUUCCUAGGUUCAUCUGGAAUUUUCUUGCCGACAUAACUUCUAUCCCAAAGGAGAAUAAUAGCUCAAGUUGUCAAAAGGGUUGCAACGGUAGAGAUGAAGUUUGCAUUAAAGCGGAGACUGAUGGAAAGGGUGUUUGCGCUCUCUCUACAACUAGGUAUGUUCCAGCAUAUUCAACACGGUUAAAAUUUGACUCCGGAGUAUGGAGUGUUUUGCCCCCUAAUUCCUCUGACAAAAUGGGGGUUGUAGACCCAGUCUGGACAGAAAGCAACUGGAAUACAAUAGGCAUUCGGGUCUACACAGUCCAAAUUGCUGCAUAUGAUCGGGUUGUUCUGUUUGGGGGAAUUGCUCUUACAAUCUUGGCAUACCUUGCAAUAACAGUUACAAGAACUUUCGUUGCUAAAGCGACAAAGAGGGAUUGACACUAUUAAUAUUGAUGAAAACUAACUGCAAAUUUUGUGAAACUAGGGCAAUAUUAAAUAUGUUGACAGGAAAAUUCCUAGUUUCUGAAGAUUUUCCCAAGGAUGUGCAUUAUUUAGGCUGCAUUCUUGUGCUUGUGAAUUUAUCUGCAACACAGCCUUGUUUUAUAACUUGUAGUUAAGUGUUAGGAAAUGUAAUGAAAACAAAAAGUGCUAGGAAAUGUAAUGAAAACAAAAAGUUUAAAGCUUA